GGAGAAUACAAGGUGUAUCCCAGAGCUGUUAUACAAUGUAAACAAAAACAACAUCUUUUUGAAUUUAAUUUUUAUUUGAAUAGAAUAUCAAGUAACACUUCUGAAGUCAAAGGUAAUAUUACAUGUAUGAAACCAUUGGACGAUUCUGACAAUGUAAGUAUGUUUAUACUGGUUUUUUUUUAAAACUGAAUUGUGCCGUCUUGCAAAAAAUGACUAAGUGAAAUUUUAACUGUUCGUAAACUAUAAUAUUUAUGUUCAUUAAUAUUCAUCACAAUAGCUUGAAAAAUCAAAAACUAUUGAAAAUGUGUGUUUUAAAAUAUCCACGGAAAGGUGUAGAAUUUAAAAAAAAUUAUUUAAUCUUUUCGUUGAAUUUAAGAAGAUAUAGAAAAAAUGAAGAAAAUAAAUAACCGACUAACUUCUUUAUCAAAUGAAUAAACCCGACAAACGAACUUACUCAAACCACUUGGUCAAAAUCAAAUAUACGAAAAGAUGAAUAAUAUUAAUAGGAAUAAUUUAAUAUUAUUUUGAAUUUUAUUAAACAAAACAGCAAAUUAUUGAAAUCGUACCCAUAAAAAAAUAAACGUGAUAAUAUAUUAUAAUUACUAUAAGAAACCGUUGGACGAUUAACCUGAUGUUAAGUUUAAACAUUGAUUUAACAAGAUGUAUUAAAUAUUAAUUCAGUUAAUUUUAAUCUAGGGGUCAGAAAACUUUUUUAAUAAUUUUCAAUUUGGUAAAUUACUAAAAAUAUUAGUACUCCAUAUAUACGUAACUAGGUAUUACAAUUAUAAUCGCAAAAUGUUAUUAAUUUUUAAUUUGAAUUCACUAGGCGACUAUCAUAUCAGUUAGUAUUAAACCGGACAUCCGUCUGUAACUUUGAAAAUCGUGAUUAUAAUUUGUAUUAAUCAGACGAUUCAUCGUAAUAUUACUAAUAGUUAUUUAUCGGCUUAAAUAAUAUUAUAUUAUACUUAUAAAAUAAAAUAUAUAUAUAUGUGUAACUUUGUUUAAAGAUAGUAAUAAUCAGUGCUGUCAAAGAUUCCAUCGGUGGUUGGAAAGACAAUGCUUUCAUUUACAAAAUUUCCAAAGCAUGUUCAACGUUUGAGAAAGUAUUUGGUAACUUGAGAACCACACUCAAUCUAACCACAAAAAAUAAUAAUUUUAAUCGGAAUUGUCCAUAUCCUGCA